AUGGGGCAAGAGAACACCAAGAGCUCAUUUCUUGCAGCAAUGCAGCUCUUGCGAUUGUUGCGAAUUGCUCGCCUCAUUCGAAUUGUGAAGAUCAUUCCGCCCCUUUACAGCCUGGCAGUGGGCAUCGGUGAGGCGCUCCAGAGCAUGUUCUGGGUCCUCAUCUUCCUCUUCAUGAUGCUGUAUGCUUGCGCCAUUCUCACUGCGAGGUGCCUGGGAAUGCCUGAGGAGGAUGUGACAGAAGGAUCAAAAGCAGAGGAAGUUCGGGUCAUGUUCGACGGAGUUCUGCCGAGCAUGUUUGUGCUGUUUGAGUCCAUCACCUGCUGGAGUCUCAUGGGGUUUGUGCCGCUCUUUGAUAUCAGCAGCUUGUGCAGGGUGGUGGCUGUGAUUUUCUACAUCUUCGCGAACUGGGGCCUGCUGGCUGUCAUGACGGGCGUGGUGAGCGAGAAGAUGAUGGCAACCAAGGAGCGCCUCACAGCGGAGACGGAUGACGGCCCCAAGCACGAGCCUGGCAGUCAACAUCUGGCUCAUUUGGAGAUGAUGUUGGUGGACUUCUUCAGGCGAGCCGAUACCGACGGCUCUGGUGAGAUCUCCAAAGAUGAGUUCAACAGCAUGCUGCUGUGCACCGACAUCAUGAAGACUGUCAUGGAAGAGUCAUCUCUUGACGCGCAGGACUUGGGGGAACUCUUCGAAUGGCUGGAUGCGGACAAGGACGGCGUGGUGAGCAUCGAGGAGUUCCUCCGAGGAUUCCGCUGGCUGGUGGCGACGGUAGAUCCCAAGGGCCUGCUGAAGCUGGAGGAGGAGCUGGCUGGGGACUUCCAUCGGCUCACCAGGCGAAUGGUCGACCAUGUGAACCAGUGCUUUGACCAGCUUUUGGAGUCUGUGAAUGUGCCGCUGAGCAAGAUCUCUGCGAUCACGGAGCAAAUCCAACGGCUGGACCGGCUCACCACUUCUUUGAUGCGCUGCCCGGAGGAGAUGGAAGGGAAGGUGGAGUGCUCCAACCUCGACCUGGUGGAGGGACGCCUCGCCAAGAAGCUGGAGCAGCUCGCAGAGGCGGUGCAGAAGCUGGAGGAGCUGGAGGCGCAGGGCUUGGUGAAGCUCGACGAUGCGCCCGCAGCUGACCUCGACACAGGCAUGAUGACCGAGUCCAUGUCCAUGUCAGG